GUUUUCUUACAGCAAGCUGAGGUUGAGAAUAUACAACUUGGACCUGGUCGAUUCUUCUACAGUUGGGGUAAAGGUAGUAGUGGGGGAACAAAAUCUCAAAGUCAAGAAUCAGAAAACAAACAUUCAUUGCCUUCCAACAGAUUCUUAGCUUUGUCAUCAACAGAACAAGGUUUUGACUCAAGAAGAAGCAUUCAGAGGUCAGCUGCUUCCAGUAGAGAGUCCAGUCAGAACCGUGGAGGUCCAGUUUUUAGGAAGACUCCUUCCCAAUCAUUACCAAAAGAACAUGAGAAAGUAGUGGCUGUUGUUAAACCCUUUAUGCCUGGUGGUGGUGGUGGAACUUCUGGAUCAAUAGCACCUCCAUUCUUGGAACCACAAGAUAAAAAGGAAAAAGCAGAUAGUGCAAGAAUGAUGCUUCAAGGUAAAGAGAUGUCUGAAGAAGAGAUGGUAAAAAGAACAAAACCACUCAUAGAUGAAUUUCUUUCCAACUCUGAUUUCAAGGAAGCAUCACAGUGUGUUGUGGAGCUAGCAUUGCCCUCUACUGUUAUUUUCUUUAUAACUGCUGCUAUUAACCAAGUCUUGGAACGGUCUAGUCAGGCUCGACACCUGGUUGGCCAGCUUCUUCGUGACCUAGUAUGCAGAAGAAUUAUCUCUGCUGAACAGUAUACUAAAGGACUCAAAUCCAUCUUGGAAAAUGCAGAUGAUUUUGCUAUAGAUAUCCCCAGGAUAUGGGAAUACUUAGGAGAACUUAUAGGACCAAUGAUACAAGAUGGUUGUAUCCCUUUAAGUUACCUGAGAGAAGUAGUCGAACCUUGUGUGGUUAGUGGAACAGCUGGCAAACUUCUUUCUGCAGUUCUUCAUGGUGCUGCUAGAAAUCUAGGCUCUAUCAAAGUGGGAGAGAUGUGGAAGAAGUCUGGCAUUCAGUGGAUGGAAUUCCUCCCAUCUGGACAGAAUAUAGACAAGUUUAUAGAAGAAAAUAAAUUACAAUUUACAGUUAGUGUAGCAGAAUCUCUUCCUGAUGCUCAGCUUUCAAUGGAACAGAUUAAAGAAAAGAUAGAAUUUUUAUUGCAAAAGAAAAGAGCCACCAAUGAAGAGAUCCUUGAUUGGGUUGAGAUUUAUGUUGGAGAAGAGAGAAGAAAGAAUUCACAAUUCAUUCGUGCCUUGAUCUCUGCCAUUGUUGAGAAUGCAAUAGUUGGAGAGGGAAACAGUUGUAAACUCUCUGAUUCUGUAAUAACACAAAGAACUGAAGUGCUCCAGAAAUACCUAGAUAGCAAUGAAGACUUAGAACUUCAAGCUUUGUUUGGUCUUCAAGCCCUUGUUAAUAAACUUGAACAUCCUAAAGGGUUGUUACUAGACACGUUCAAUGUCUUAUACGAUUUGGAUUUGAUCUCGGAUGAGGCCUUUAAAAAGUGGGAGCAGAGCACAGACCCUGCUGAGCAGGAAGGGAAAGGAGUUGCACUAAAGUCAGUGAUGACUUUUUUCACAUGGCUUAAAGAAGCAGAGGAAGAGUCUGAGGAAUCUACCUGACCUCUGUGCUAAAGAAUAGGACAUGAACUCUCUUUUCAUGAAACAAGCUGUUUAAUAAAAUAUUAGGAUUUAAUAUGAUAUUCUUUAUCUCACAAAAACUACAAAAUUUUUGUAAUUUCCAGAAAUUAUCUGGAAAAGUAAAAAUGCACUGAUCAGAAGCAAUUUGACAAAAACAAAGUGUUUAAACUCAAAGCUUGUAAAACUACUAAGUGUUAACAUAUUUUAAUAACUAUCCUUUUUUUAUGCAGCAGAAAUUGAUAUGGGUAAUUUGUAUACAUAAGUUUAUAGUAAUGAGUUGUAAUUAGUUGUUUUUUUUUCCCUAACAUUUGAUUUUGAUUAUUGACAUGAUUUUACUUGGCCAUGUGGCUUCGGCUAAAAUAAGAAUAAAUUAUAUAUCACAAUCAUGUGGUAUUUUAGCAGUGAUAAAAUAACUAAAGAACAAAAAUUAUUUGAUAACGUUAAUUCCAUGUUGAUUAUGUAAAUUUAUAGUCAAGUUCUGAAUGGUUUAUUUAAGUUUAAACUGUACAUAAAUUGAUAGGUAUUUAAUGUAUAGCAGGGCUAAUUCUGUGAAGAUUCACUUUCCUACCCUGCUACAAUGCUACUUCUACUAAAGAACAUAAGGACAUAUUGUGUGCUUAAUCAUGAAAUUUUAGUAGAAUAUGUCUUACAUACCUACAAGUUAUCCUUUCUAUUUUUCAUACAAGAAGUCUUAUAUCAAGUAUUAUGUUGGCAGAUAUUUCAGUGUGAUUAAUUAGUUGUAAUGAGAUGAUUACAUUUAAAGUAGCAAAUGGCUUUCCUUCCAAUGGGAAUGGGAUUUGAUUUAAUCUUAUACUUUACUUUAUUAGUUAGAUAAAACCUGUGGUUUAAGUAAAGCACCUGACCAUGCGCUUGCAUAUGAUAAAAAUGUUGAAAGUGUACAUAUAUAUAUAUAUAUAUAUAUGUAACUGCUAUUCUAAAGUAUUGUGGCUAAUCAGAAAAUUAAAUAUUGGAAGGAGGU